GUCAUGGAUUCAUUGGUGAUUGCAUUACUUUUGAUUAGUUCGGUAGCAGCCGUACCUUCAUCAAGAAUUUCAAAUGGCGCGUCUGUGGAUAUUUCAAGCUUUCCGUUUGCAGCAGUCCUUCUCCGUGAAAGUCUGUUUGGAAAUUUCGUACAGUCAUGUGUUGGAUCAAUAGUCAACAACCGAUGCAUCUUGACCUCCGCCAACUGUUUCUACUAUGACCUUCCAUCUCAAUGGAGCGUCCGACUUGGAUCGUCAUACGCAAGUUCUGGAGGAACGAUAUAUUCUGUCGCACAGCUCAUAGGACAUCCUCAGUUUGAUGUUAUUGGAAGUGACAACGACGUUGGUUUAAUGAGGCUAUCUUCUGCAAUUGUAUACGGCACGAAUGUUCAACGUGUCAGUAUUGCAGGCACUAAUUAUAUCGUUGGAGACAAUGUAGGAGUUACAAUUGUUGGCUGGGGGGCCACCGGUUUUGGACUACCAAAAUCCGAACGGUUGCAGAGAGGAAACCUCAUAACAGUAAAUCAACAGACAUGCAGAUCAAACUAUAAUUUGAUUGGAAUGACAGUAACUAAUAAUAUGCAGUGCGCUGGUGCCGGUUCGAUCUUAGGUGCUGACUUUUGCGAUGGAGACAUUGGGGCUCCACUAUUACACAAUAAUGUCUUGGCCGGUAUUGCUUCAUGGAGAACUCCUAUUUGUGGACUCGCCUACUAUCCUGGUAUAUUUACACGUGUCAAUAUAUAUUCCAACUGGAUUGUGGCCAAUGCUUAGUGACUUAAUAAAUUGUUUUAAUUAA